CUGGCUGGGAGAACGGAGCGGACAACGGCGGUUCUGAUGGGGGCUUGGAAAGCUUCUCUCUUCUCCCCCUUUCUCCUGCGGAGUCACAGUAGAGGGGUGAGGCUGAUGUUCUUGCUGCUGACCCUGCAUUUGGGCAACUGUGUUGAUAAAGCAGAUGAUGAAGAUGAUGAGGACUUAACAGUGAACAAAACUUGGGUCUUGGCACCAAAGAUUCAUGAAGGAGACAUAACACAAAUUCUCAACUCAUUGCUCCAAGGCUAUGACAAUAAACUUCGCCCAGAUAUAGGAGUGAGGCCCACAGUAAUUGAAACUGAUGUUUAUGUCAACAGCAUUGGACCAGUUGAUCCCAUAAAUAUGGAAUACACUAUUGAUAUAAUUUUUGCCCAGACCUGGUUUGAUAGUCGUUUAAAAUUCAAUAGUACCAUGAAAGUGCUUAUGCUUAACAGUAAUAUGGUUGGAAAAAUCUGGAUUCCUGAUACUUUCUUCAGAAACUCAAGAAAAUCCGAUGCUCACUGGAUAACAACACCUAAUCGUCUGCUUCGAAUUUGGAACGAUGGACGAGUUCUAUACACUUUGAGAUUGACAAUUAAUGCAGAGUGUUACCUUCAGCUUCAUAACUUUCCUAUGGAUGAACAUUCCUGUCCACUAGAAUUUUCAAGCUAUGGAUACCCUAAAAAUGAAAUUGAGUAUAAGUGGAAAAAGCCUUCUGUAGAAGUGGCUGAUCCUAAAUAUUGGAGAUUGUAUCAGUUUGCAUUUGUAGGGUUGCGGAACUCAACUGAAAUUUCUCACACAAUCUCUGGGGAUUAUGUUAUCAUGACAAUUUUUUUUGACCUGAGCAGACGAAUGGGAUAUUUCACUAUUCAGACCUACAUUCCAUGUAUUCUGACAGUUGUACUUUCUUGGGUGUCUUUUUGGAUCAAUAAAGAUGCAGUACCUGCAAGAACCUCACUGGGUAUUACCACAGUUUUGACUAUGACCACUCUGAGUACAAUAGCCAGGAAGUCAUUGCCUAAGGUUUCUUAUGUCACUGCGAUGGAUCUCUUUGUUUCUGUGUGUUUCAUUUUCGUUUUUGCAGCCUUGAUGGAAUAUGGCACCUUGCAUUAUUUUACCAGCAACAAAAAAGCAAAGACUGCUAGAGAUAGAAAGCUCAAAAACAAGGCCUCGAUAUCCCCUGCACUCCAUGCCGGAUCCACUCUGAUUCCAAUGAACAGCGUCUCUCUGCCCCAUGGCGAAGAUGACUACGGGUACCAGUGCCUGGAGGGCAAAGACUGCGCCAGCUUCUUCUGCUGCUUCGAGGACUGCAGGACGGGCUCGUGGCGCCAGGGCCGCCUGCACAUCCGCGUGGCCAAGAUCGACUCCUACUCGCGCAUCUUCUUCCCCACCGCCUUCGCCCUGUUCAACCUGGUCUACUGGGUUGGCUACCUUUACUUAUAAUUCCCCCUGCUAAGGAAAACCCUGAGCCCGACUAAACCCAAUAGAACCUUCAGGAGCUUGAGGUUUAAAUUUAAAAUCCAGAGAAACCAAUGACUUAUUAUUGCAACCAUUUUAAACCUUUCAUAGGUAAGUGAAGUACAAGUUUGCAUAUUAAGUUACUUAAAUGUAUGUAAAACAGGUUACUUGAAAAUUCAGCCUAUUAAAAAUACUGUUCUAUA